UAUAUUGCAGUAGUAUUCAUUCUUCAAGUUUUUACUAUUACUGCAUCACUGAUUCACUAUCAAUCAAUCGCCCAUGGCAACCAACCUCGAGCAGUAAAAAACUGCACCUAAAAAAACCCAAUUACAAUAAACAAAAAAUAUGCACAUUGAAUGCUCCCAUUUCUGCACUGCAACUGCAACUGCAACUGCGCCAUGAGGCUCACCAGAUCGCUCCUCCGCUCCUCCUACUUCUUCCGCCGCCGCCGCCCCCGCUCCCGGGCCUCCCCCUUCUUCAUCACCAUCGGCAGGAAGAGAGGCGCCGCCGCCGCCGAUAACCCCGAGCCCUCGUCGCCCAAGGUCACCUGCAUUGGCCAGGUCCGAGUCAAGUCGCAGAAGAAGGUCAAGCAGUACCGCCGCCGCAUCAACGGCGAGGCCAGUUUCCGCAGCGCCGCCGAGCCCUCGUUCCAGCACCAGCAGCGCCGCUCGCGCCGGGAUCAGCGCUGGGUGCAUUUGCCCAGCUGCUCCGCGGUCUUGCGCGACUUGUGCUGCUUGUUCCGCUGCUGCACCUGCUCCUGCAACUGCUCCUGCUUUGAGAGGAGACACACAUGGAAAGGAUGCGGGAGCUGGUGGUGCGGCGGCGGAGAGAGGAGGAGGGAGAUUGAGGCGGCCAGCAGCGGCGGAGAUGAGGAGGAGGUGGUGAUGUCCGGCGGGAAUUCGAGAAGGCAUGUAUUCGAUGAUAUUGAGGUUAACGGCGACAGGAUUGAGGUGAAGGGGCGGAGCUUCUUCGAUGGAGAAGAUGGAUUCGCCAUUUCCAUACCUCCCAAAAAUGCGCUUCUGCUAAUGAGGUGCAGAUCCGAUCCAAUCAAAAUGGCCGCCAUCGCUAACCGGAUUAGCUCCGAUGCAGCUAGGUACGAAACUGUCGCCAUUGAAGUCGAUGACAACAAUGAUGAUGAUCAAACCACCAGCUCCGAUGAAGUGUACGAAGUUCGAGUUUUGGAGCAAGAAGAGAAAGUGAUGCUCAAUCAAGACAAAUUAUCAUUCGUUUGCAAUCAAGAUAAAGUAGAGGAAAUCAAGCAAGAAUUUCAUCAAGAAGAAGAAGAAGAUGAAGAGGUUGAAUCUAAUAUGUCCUCAUUCGAAGCUCUUUUAGAAACAGAGAAUUGUGAAGAUUGCGAGAUUAAACAAGUGGAAGCAAAAGCAGAGGAAAAUGAUGAAAAUGGGGAUCCCACCGCCGUUGAAGAAGAAGACGACGAGAAGCAGGAAAAGGAGGCGGCGGUGCCGGCGCCGGCAUUGCCUGAAUGCUUGCUGUUGAUGAUGCGCGAGCCCAAGCUGUCAAUGGAGGUCUCUAAAGAAACAUGGGUUUGCGCCACCGACUUCAUCCGCCUCCAUCCCGAGCGCCCGCGGAGGGCCGCCGCCAAAUCCGCCGAGCCGCCGGUGGUGAAGAGGAGGGCCGCCGCGGAGAAGCCUAAGCCCCGAGUUCCGCCGCCGCCCAAGAAGAACGACACGCAGCCGGCGCGGUCGUCCUGCUCGCUGCCGGCGGCGUCCGCGGCUGCCGGAAGCGAGCGGAAGCGGGUGGGCGCGUGCGAGCUGACAAGGUGUAAGUCGGAGCCGAUGAGUACGGCGGCGGCUAAGCUGAUGCCGGAGGCGGGUUGUUGGAAGGAGAAUGUUGAGAUGGAGCCGCACAGGCAAGCGCCGAUCGGAGUCGGCGCGGCGGGAGUCGGCUUCUGAGCUCAGAUGUGAGGAAAAUAAAUAAAAUUCGAGAUUAUUAUUUUGUUACAGUUUAGUGUAUAGUAUUUAGUGCUACUACUUCCAAGUCAUAGUUUCUAUCUGUAAUUUGUAAAUCAUUUUUGUUAAAUUUCUUAUGUUUGUUUCAAUGUUUUAAAUGAUACUCCUCGUUACUUC